GAGCUGUACACAAACACGGUGCUGAAACAGCAACACACAUCUAAAAGCCCAGGCUCGAGAAAGCCCAGGCCAGCAACAUUUAAACCCAGAUUGCCUAUACCAAGCUAAUUAGAAGACAAACAUGUAUUUCACUUCAAUUGACCAUACGAUAAAAAAAUACGUCUAAAAUUAUAUAUCCUUCGGUAUUUUCCGUAAAGGAGGACAUUCUACUCUGGCGCUUUGCGGAAACAUCGAGUUGCAUCGGCGCAGCCCAUCAAGACAGAUAGACAGUGAAGCACAGAAAAAAAGAGGGACAGUGUUUAUCACUAUAGGAUGGACUGGCCCAUGGAUCUGCUCCCGUUGCCCCGCUGUGCUGAGCUGGGGGUCCGUCCUCUGAGUGGGCUCCUGUGGACCCUGCUGCUCCUCUUCCUAUGGUAUUGUUACAGGGUGGGCUCCGACCCGCCAGCCCCAGGCCGAGCCAUCCCAGGAAAGCACAAGUCCGGCUCCAGGCGCUCUGUGUUGUCCCGCGCCGGCAGCUGUGCUGGAGCAGAGUUCAGUGACACAUCAAAGGUGGCCAAUGGCGAUCGGGGGACUCCCUGCAUCACCAUGGAGACGGGGGAGGAGGAGCAGGGGCGAGGCUACCUGACCCCUGUGCUGAGCCAUGCCCUGUUCCCAGCCCAGGCCACAGCGAGUGGCAGGAAGCUGUAUGCAGCACUGCAGGAUUAUGCAAAGCGCUACAGCUGGGCUGGCAUGGGACGCGUUCAUAAAGGACUCCGGGAUCAGGCCACAUUAAAUGAUCGCUCCUCCAUCCAAAAGCCUCAUCUCUUCUUCCUCCCAGAUGUCCCCAGCAUUCCUUUUUUCCCACGUGACGCCCAUCGACAUGACAUUGAGGUCUUGGAGGCCAACUAUCCCAUAAUCCUUGCAGAGUUCCAGGCAGUCUACCAGAGAGGCAUUGAUCCAAAGAUGGGCUGGACCAGCCUGGGACCUAAGGGCCAAGCCGUGUUCCCCUUGUACAGCGCAGGCGUGUGUGUAGCAGGGAACUGCCGCUCCUGUCCCUGCACCUACCGCACUCUUCUCUCCUUGCGCACCUUCAUAAGCAGCAACUCCCUGGGGGGCGCCGGGUUCUGGCUGCUAGUGCCUGGGGCCACUCUAGGGGGAGUAUAUGGCCCCACCAAUACUUGCCUACGCUGCCACCUUGGAGUGCAGACCCCACCUCAGUGUGAGCUGGUGGUGGGAGGAGAGCCUCAGUGCUGGUCAGAGGGACACUGCCUCCUGGUGGAUGACUCCUUCCUGCACACUGUCUCCCACAAUGGGGUGGCAGAGGACGGACCACGGGUGAUUUUCAGUGUGGACCUCUGGCAUCCAAAUGUGGCUGCAGCAGAAAGACAGGCCCUGGACUACAUUUUCUGCCCUGACCAAUGAACUACAACUCCCACUGUGCACAUGUUCUAGUUCUGCUCCACCCUUCUUUGAUAUGAGGGAAAGGUGCCCAAACCUAGUCUUAAGGGCUGUGCUCUUCAACCUCAAUGUUCAUCCAGUCCGAGUAUCACUGUGUGUUACUAGUGAAUCAACGGAAACAGUCCAAAUAGCCAAAGGGAGCUUACCCACUGGGCACAGAUGUCAGUUCAAUGUUUAGUUUUGAUUAACAUUUGGUUGAGUUGUCAACUAAGCUGAAUUCAAUGUGAAAAUAAAUCAAUCACAGUGUCAUUGGAUUGGAUUUAGGUAAAAAGUUGGGUGAAAAAAAGACUACAUUUCCUUAUGUUGACUUUUUUUUAAAAAUUCAUGUUGAUUCAACAUCAUGACAUUUCAUUUUUUGUUUUUGAAAUGACGUGUAAACAACGUUGAUUCAACCAGUUUUGCCCAGUGGUUAGAAACAGAAUAAAGGUACAGUCAUCUAAGAUCAGAACUGGUCUUUGCUGCUUUAAACUGCACACGUGCACUCACACACACACAUUUGGACUGCACUAUGUUAAUAGCAAAACACAUACACACAGAUUACUUUGUGGGACGAUCACAGCUUUUUGAUAGGUGACCUCAUGAUGCAAACGAAUCCUCCAAUAAAACAAGUCUAUAUUUCUUAUUUUGUAGAACUUUAUCAUCACGGUUUUUGCUCAACAUAUGUAGACAUGCUUUUCAUAAACAUGUGCUAAAUUUAUUGAAUCCCACUACAAACUAGUAAAUGACCACAAGUAACUGCAGAAACUGUGAGGAAAAAAAGUCAAUUAACUACUGUUUUAUGACUCAUAUCUUUAUUUUCUUAUUUUGUUUUAUAUAUUUUAUUUUCUCAAUUGUGCCUGAUGUUUAUUUAAGGUGACCCCUUUUGGCAUAUACUGUGAUAUAGAUAUUUCAUUUUGUUUGACUCAAUAGAUUUUUUUGUGUGAGCAUGCAUAUAUAUAUAUAUAUAUAUAUAUAUAUACACACAAUCAUGUGGUAUUGAAAAGCAUAGUCUGUAAGAACAAGUCAUAGCACUGAUGAAGCAUGUUCUGCACUGUAUGUGAAUAUGUAGCUAAUAAAAGUGUCCAAAUAUGCUCUCA